AAUGUGUAACAUCGAAUAUAAAAGACUAUUUUUGCCGGACAAAGGCAAGCAGUUCCGUUUACAGCGUUAUCCGGUAUGAAACUAGCAAUAGCUGUGGUCGUAGGGUUCACUUUGCUGGCCCUGGUGCGAGGUCAGGGCAAACCGGACUACGAUUACAGCCAGCAGGGCGACAACUUCGGAGAAAUCGAUGCGCGUUGUAACGGACGUCGUCAGAGUCCCAUCCGGUUGGAUACUAGGAGUUCCUAUCCGCUCACCGAAACUCGACCGCUCACACUGGAGGGAUACGCCGAGGAUCCCACACAAGUUGCCGUUACCAACGAUGGAAAAACAGCUACAUACGGCUUCCAAUACGCUAAUGGUCGUCCCAUAGUAGCUCGGGGAGGCCCCCUGCAGGGCAAUUUCUCCUUCGCUAGCUUGCACUUCCACUGGGGGUCACGGUCGAGUCGUGGAGCCGAACAUGUGGUCGACAAUCGAACCUAUGCCAUGGAGAUGCAUCUGGUGUUCUUCAAUCAGAGAUACGGGACAUUUGAGAACGCCCAAAAUAGAACAAACGGACUAGCUGUACUGGGAAUAUUCUUUGUCAGUGACAGCGGUAGCAAUCCGGACUAUCGUUGGAUCGACGCCCUGUCCCAGGUUCAAAACGCUCCCAGCACUUACACAUUGCCGGAUCCGACGGCUUUUAACAUUAAAGGACUGAUCGGGUCCCGUCGGCGGCCUUACUUCUCGUAUCAGGGAAGUUUGACAACGCCUCCGUGCUACCAAACUGUCACCUGGAUGGUGCAGAGAAAACCCUUACCCAUCACCGAGAACCAGUUGAAUGCAUUCCGAUCGUUGAAGCAAAAGAAUGGUGAACCGCUGGUGGAUAACUACCGGAAACCACAGCCUCUGAAUGGACGGCGGGUUUCUCUUUACCGAUGAUUGGCUGCCAACACGGAAACUCCCAAACGAACUGAAUACGAAAGAAUGUAAGAUUUCCCUUCAUAGUCCUAGCUGCAUUUAAGACAACAUUUUGUCGAAUCUGAAAUAAAUCUUUUAAACUGUUAAA